ACAUUCAUGUGAUGAAGCUUGUUCAAAAAACAAAGAAAAACCAGACCUUAACUACAAGAAACACAUUUCUGUAAAGUCACUCAUUAGCAUCCACAGUCCCCAGACUUCCUGAAGUCCGGCAGAUUAUUAGCAUUUGGGUCAAAGGCCAAGCAGUUUCCAGGCCCUACUUGUCACUCCCAUAUAACCACUGGGAUGCUAAUGUCUCCCCACGGCGGAGGAGCAAACAGUAGCCACUGUAAAAACCCACCGUCACCUCUGACCCCUCAUCCCUAAAAGUCGCCCCCCUUUCCCGCUAUUGAUCCUUCAGAUUCCUCUGACGUUGAGGGUAAGUGUGAGAAUUCUUUCAGAUAAAGGCAUUUGAGGAGUCAUUACCUAUGGCUCGCCCAGAGUGUGUGUGUGAAAACUCUCCGUACAGAGAGGGGCCACUGAAAUGGAUCAUUAAAUUGCCGGUGGUGGUGGUGGUUGUGUUUGUGCGGUUCAAAGGUUGUCCCAUUUCUUCUGGACUCUGUCGGCCCGUACAGAGAGGCAGGUGUACAGGACACAAAUGCAGGAACUCAACUUUGACAUAUAAAGGAGGCUAUGCACACAUCAGAUAAAAUGGAGGUGUUCACACUGCUGCUCGUGUUUCUCACAGUUUCUGGAUAUUCAUAUGUAUUGCAACCCAGACUGACAGUCACACAGAUAGCCGAGCUGGAUGGAGACCCCCUGUCUGAGCUGAGGGGUGAGCAGCUGAGAGAUGUUUUUAUCUCAGCGGAGGAGAAUGAAAAGCUUGCCAAAUCCACUGAGAGAAGGAAAACAGAGGCGGAACAGACAAGUGAAGGACUGACUUCAGAAACAAACACCGAAAAGAAGAGGACAGAGGGAAAAAACAUAGAAGGUUUCACUAGGAAUAUAGGGGAAAUCUUAGACAUCAAUAAAGGAUAUGAAGAAGGAAAGGAGGAAAGGCUGACCAUUGGGACAUUUUCUAAAAGUUUAGGGGAGGAAAGAAAAAGAGAGGAAUUCUCUGAAACUGACAUGAAAGAUUUAGAUACAGGGAGAGGAGAUACGGAGACAAGCAAGGAGGGCGAGAUGGUAAAAGAAAUCCUGACAGAUAACACGAAAUCUUUGGAGACGACAAACACACUCCGUAGUCGUAACACAUGGACGCGAGAGACGGGAGAGGAUGACGAGAUGCUUGAGAAAUUUAAGGAGAGAGAUCGAAUGGAUAAAGUGAGGCAGGGAAUAGAAGAGGAAAGAGAGAGCAUGCUGGUUGCAGGGAUUAGUCUCCCAGGGGAGAUUAGAGGAGAAAAUGUGGAAGACAAAGGAGGAAAUGAGGAGAGGGAGAACAUAAAAAAUGCAAACCAUAAUGAAUUAGUAGAAAGAGAAAAGGCAGAUCACAUAGGAGUUAGUAAUCUCGCACCUCCUUUAAGCACUUCUUCUAGUCAACUCGUGAAAGAAGUUGAGGUUCCUGAAACAAUUCAGGUUAUCACUCACUCUCAAAAUCCUCCUAGAUCUCCUCCUCCUGUUCAUCAUAAUGUCCCUUCAUCACCUCUGCUUACACCCACACAUGUUCCUUCAUUCUCCUCUCAAUCUCCCACCCAUCACGCCAAAGUUAGUCUUCAGUUCCUCCCUCGGUCUGUCGAGUUUCCUAAUCCUGCAGCAAUCAAUCACGUCUCAGUCUCAACAGUGACUCCUGAUGAGGUGAGGUCUUCCUUACUAUUUGAGGAUGUCCUCACUGAGGUGUUACACAGUCCUGGACAUCAUCUCAAGCAGAAUGAACUGGAAGGGAGGUCGGACCCAACAUUAGAGGAUGUGAUUGUCAAAAAUAUAUUGUUUAAACCUGCACAGAAGGAGCUACAAACCACAGGAGAAACAAACACUACACAGGAUGAAUUUGUCCCCAAGGUUCAAGCAGCAACGCCAAAACCCACAGAAGCAGAGUUUAUAACGCAAGAUGUAGGAAGUAAAGAGCCAAAUUCUACAUCAAAAUCAAAUGAAAAUAACCCCACUGCUGAACCGGUUGAGCUUACACAUAAACCAAACAUGGCAGAGGCCACAGGCAAACCGAAAACAGUUCAACGGACGGAAAAUGAUACCAAACUUACAGUGAAGCUAAAUAAACCAGCUCCUCCUCGACCACAACUGACCAAACCGUCUGCCAAAACACCUUCAACGAGGCCAACGAAAAGCAACAGCAGUAGUAAAAAUAAGACAAUGAAGAAGUCCAAGGAAAAGAAACGGAAAAAGGACAAUAAAACCCAAAAACCACGAGAGAAGAAGAAGGUCGUCACGCCAACAUUUUUUCCUUACUUUUUGGAUAACUACUGUCCACCAGAGUGUGCCUGCUAUGGAAGAGUGGUCCAGUGCUCAGACAAAGGGGUGGAUAAGAUUCCUUAUGGUAUCCCCUAUAAUGCCCGCUACAUCCUCCUCAUGAAUAACCAGAUCGACAGCAUCCAGCUGGACCUGCUUAAUGAAUACGUCUCUAUGGAGUUCCUUGUGUUGAGCAACAAUCGGCUCACAGAUGGCGCCAUAGAGGGGGCCUUUGAGGGGAUCCCAGCGCUGAAGCGCCUCUACCUGGAUAGAAACCUCCUACAAAGCGUGCCAACUGAUCUUCCAUUUUCUCUCGAGGUGCUGCGUUUAGACAAUAACCAGCUGAGUGUGAUGUCUGAGGCAGCCUGGGCCAGCUGCCCCGGCCUAUUGGUUUUGAGCCUUAGCAACAACAGCCUGGGGAAUGGAUCAGACCCUGUUCCUAAUGCAGUGCUCUCUCCUUUGUCCAACCUGCGCACUCUGAACUUGGAUUAUAACCAGUUGACAUCAGUCCCCCUGAGUUUACCACUGUCUGUCAAGGAGCUCUACCUCAAAGGGAACCUCAUUGAGCAGUUCCGCAGUGGAGUCUUCAAUGGGAGAUCAGCUCUGGUGGUGUUGGAUCUGAGUGCGAACAGAAUGACAAACAAAGGACUUCUCAAAGAGUCCCUUCUCAAUGCAACUCACUUGGAAAGUCUCAAUUUAGAGGGGAACAGACUAAAACAAGUGCCACGACACCUUCCUCGCUCACUUAAAACUCUAAAUCUGGAGGGAAACCUCAUUUCUUCCAUAAAGAAAGCAGCUCUUAGCGGCUUGAAAAACCUGGAACACCUGGGUUUGGCAAAGAAUAAAAUCUUCAAAGUAGCACCGGGGGCAUUUAAGACAUUGCCCGUCCUGCACCAGUUAGAUCUGUGCCACAACACCUUGCACCAGGUGCCCAGACAGCUGCCACAGACUCUGCACUCAGUAGCACUCGCGCACAACAAGAUUCAGUCGGUGCCACGUGACGCUUUUUGCUGGGGUGAUAAAAGUCUGAGUCUCAGCGGGCUCGUACGAGUCCAGUUGGAAUACAAUUUAAUUGAUAUGGGGAAGUUGGAUGCACAGGCUUUCAGAUGCUUACGGGGAUUCCAGGUGGUGCACUUCUACUGAGAAAAACAUACUCCGACAUACUGCUGGGACUAUUUAUGCACACAAAUAAAAAUAAAUGCAUUUUAAUGGUACUUACUCCCUUACUUUGUGAGCCUUAUCCAAGACAUGUGGUGAUUGCAGUUGCUAUGCUAAAAACAAAUGGUCAAACUGUAAAAAAAAGAUAUAUAUAUUUGUGUGUAAAAUUAAGUUUAUUGUUUGUAACCCACUCAAGCCUCACUCUUUGGCUACUUUUAUGACAUUAACUCUCUUCCCACAGACUGUUUUUCCCCAACGUGUCUUAAAGGUUGGAGAACAAUGGAUUAUUGUUCAUGCAACAAGUCUAACCAAGUUAUCAGAGUUUUUCCCAUGAGUAUUUUCCAACGCAGAACAAUUUAGAAUAACUUCCAGGCAGCAUUUAGUUUCCAUUCACUUUUGUCAGACAUGGAUAAUGUGAAAAGGUUGAUGUGAUUUGGUUAAAAAAAUGUUUUGCACCAUUGCAUGAAUUACAAAUGGAUUCAGGUUGCUGUCUCUGCAGAUUUUUUCAAAACAUCCUUUCGAUACCGCAGUGACAACAAAUAACUUCUUCUGUAAAAAUCAAUCUGAAAUAUUACCUGUAGUUAUAUAAAUAAUAUAUUCUAUGUGGUUUGACUUUUAGUUAAUGUUGUAAAUAUUGUAAACUUGAUGUGAAUGAAGAGAAGUUCCUCAUAACUUAUCCAAAUAUGUGCAAACAAGGUCAGCUGGUUGGAAACUUUAAAAGAGUCCAUUCAUUUUAUAUUGAAAGUAAAGUGGGAAAGAAGUAGACUGAUGGUAAGCUUCUUUUUUUUCUGUAUUGCUUUUUUUGAAUGUGGACUUUUGGAUGUUGGGGCUUUUUGGCGGCUAUUUAAGGAAUCUACAUUGAAUACAUAUUAAUUCUUCUGUGACGUCACUGAUUACAAAUUGCUCCUGACUUGAAGUUUAGUUAACGGUGUAAAUAUUG